AUGGCCCCUGCUCUUCCAUCUUCCUCGUUCGCGUCGAAAGCUAGUUAUUUUAGUUACUUGCUCGCCCACGCGAUCGGCGCCGAAUGCGAGGUCGGAUUGCAAGACGACUUCCACACCUUCUGCAACAUUCACUAUAAUGCCGACGAAGCCAGCACUGCCUCUAGACAUACCUUAACCCCGAAGGCUCCAGGAGCAUAUCCCGUAGGCCAUCCGCCGAUGCAUGUGACCACAGAUCUGUCCGACGUUGGUACAUACGAGCUACCGCCCACGCCAGGCAACAUCCCGAUGCCACUGAUUCAGAACAAAGCGCUACAAGGCGACAACUGGGAGAGCUACAAGGCAUGGAAUCGCGAUAACCCUGGCGUGCCAUCCUCUACCCCAGUCCACCAGGGCCAAGGACAACCGGCGCCGGCAUCAGCCCCUCAACAAGCCACGUUUUCACAGCCGCAGGGCGCCUGGCCUCCUCAGUCUCCUCACAUCGGCAGUGGACAGGUUCACGCCCCGAAGCCUCACUAUCCCAAUCUACAGCAAGCACUUGCUAAAGCGCCAUUCUCAAGUGGCCAGAUGCAGCAGCAGCAGCAGCAUCAACCGGGAGAUCCAGCCCUGACCGACUACGACAUUCAGGUUCAGAGAUUGACGGCUGCGCAGGAACAAGCCAAGGUAGCGCUGACGGGUAUGGUGGAUGCCAUGCACAUGCUUUCUACGUCAUCAGUCGAGUUCCUGAAAUAUCGGGACUCGCUGAGAGGUUGA